AUGGCGACGCCAGCAUCACGACUGUCUUUCGCCAUAGGCCUUAGAAUCUUGCACCGCAGUGGAGAAGUGCUUGCUGGGCAUAUCCUCUCCUCGUGGGAUUUCCUUGUCAGCAAAUGGACCCAGAAAAGCUCUCAUCAGCAGGCCAGCCUCGCGACCAACCUCUUGGACACGGCAUUCUCCACCUCUCCUCACAGAACCGAGACUCGCGCCCUCUUCGGCGUCAUAAUGCGAGCGUUGUUCGUGCCCAUGGCCGCUCUCGCCAGCCUCAUCCUCCGCGACAGAGCCCAACAAGUGCUCGCACGGCUAGGCCAGCUUCACAACCAACCUCCUCACAUACAGAAUACACUCUACCUUCCGCCGGACACUUCAAAGCUGCGCCAUGCAUAG